UCCUUGUGGUGGAUGCGAAGGGACAUAAAGGCAAAGAUAAAUUGAAGAAUAUUUUCCAUAAGAUUGCUGCACAUCCAAAGCAUACGAAGCCUUUCCCUCUGUCAGCCAUUGAAGAGUCUGGUGUUGCGGAUGGUGGUGGUGACAGACCUGAUUAUGAAACAAAUUUCUUAGGGAGCUGGGAAUUAAUUUCAAAAGACUCGGGUGUUUCUGCCAUGCACGUUCAAUUGAUGCCUGAUAACACCGUUAAUGUCUAUGAUGCCACUAUUUAUCGUCUCUCUAGACUCCGUUAUCCACCAGAAAUGCCAUGUGUUCAAUUCUAUGAUGAAAACCUUAAACAAAACAAAGAUGAUUGUUAUGCUCAUGCAAUGGAAUACGAUAUUCAGACAAAUCAAGUUAGAGCACUCACGGUGAAGACAGAUCCGUGGUGUUCAUGUGGUGGGCUUGCGCCUGAUGGUAGCCUACUGGUUGCUGGUGGUUUCGGUGACGGAGGAAAAACUUCUAGAUACUACUACGGUUGCAAAACUUGUGACUGGAGGGAAUAUCCUCUGAAAUUUAAAGAAGACAGAUGGUAUGCAACUCAAGUUAUUCUUCCCAAUGGAGAGUUCAUAGUGAUAGGAGGUCGUAGAUCUUUUAGCUAUGAGUUCUUUCCAAAGGAGGGGCAAGAAACUGAAAAAUCAAUCUUUUUUCCAUUCCUCUAUGAGACCUCAGACAUUGAUGAGAACAACCUUUACCCUUUUGUCCAUCUCUCUAGUGAUGGCAAUCUCUUUGUCUUCGCCAAUAACCGUUCCCUCCUCCUCAACCCUAACACUAACAAAGUGGUUCGCAUCUUUCCAGUGCUCCCCGGAGGUUCUCGAAACUACCCUGCUUCAGGCGUGUCUGCUAUGCUCCCCAUAAAUCUUGACCCUACUGAAAUUGAUAGUUCCAAAAUCAAGAUUGAGGUCAUGGUAUGUGGUGGCAACACUUAUGAUAGUUUCCACUUGGCUGAAACAGUAAAACAAUUCCUUCCAGCUCUCAAAGACUGCAAUAGAAUGGUGAUCACAGAAAAGCACCCUAAAUGGGACCGUGAAGACAUGCCUUCAGCAAGAACCUUGGGGGAUCUUCUUGUUCUCCCUAACGGACAACUCUUGUUCAUCAAUGGUGCGCAGAAAGGAACAGCUGCAUGGUGGGAUGCUGAUGAUCCUAAUUUCACACCAGUUUUGUAUCGGCCAGAGAAGCCUAAGGGUCAAAGGUUUCAGACAUUGAAUCCAACCACGAUAGCCAGAAUGUAUCACUCAACCUCAGCAGUGCUUCCCAGUGGAAAAAUCUGGGUUGGUGGUAGCAACACUCAUAAUACUUACAAGGAUGUUGAUAAGUUCCCAACUGAGACUAGGGUCGAGGCAUUCUCUCCUCCUUACUUGGACCCAAACCUAGAUGCAAAUAGACCCAAAAUUAUUGAGGAUUCUUCUGUGAAGUGGUUGAGAUAUGGAAACAACUUUGAGACACAGUUCAGGAUGAAAUAUAUGAAUCAGAAGUUGGGCAUGCACGACAUUAAGAUCACCCUGUAUUUUCCUCCUUUUACCACUCAUGGCUACUCCAUGAGUCAGAGGUUAUUGGUUCUUGGAACUAUCAUCAUUCCAAGCUCCGAAGGGAUUUACAGGGCUUUGGCAAAGGCACCGUCGUUCCCUCAGGUGGCUCCUCCAGGAUAUUACUUGUUGUUCGUUGUCAACCGUGGGGUUCCUAGCGAGGCAAUGUGGGUGCAUCUUCAGUAG